UUCCAUUUCCUUAAUGCUUCUUGGAAAUUUCAACGUGAUACCUGUAAAACGUUAUAAAAUUUUUUGCAGAAUCGUACUUCUAAGUUUGUAUCUUCCAUAACAGUAGCGCAAUCUUGUGAAAAAUGUGCGAAAUGAUAAGGCACUUGUUGACGGAGAAAAGAUAAAUUGUAAGUUAAAAGCAACCGGCGUGCAAGAAAGAAAGCCUUAAAUACAUUUUUUCCACAAUAAUCAAAUACAAACGUAGUUGUAAAAAAAUUUGAUUUGUAAAAUUGUAAAAUGGAGGGUCAGUGCCAGUGCGGAAGUAUUCAUAACGAAGGAGAAUUAGGUAUACAGUAUAAUCUUUAUGAGAAGAUAGACUUGCAAAAUAUUAAAUGCCUCAAUGAGUUAGUAGAAGGCUCUGGAGCAAAAGUAUUCAAAUCAUGGGAAAAUCGUUUGGAUCAUACAGAAUUUGUGGAAAGUGAUGUGGAUCAAGAGCUUCUCUUUAAUAUACCAUUUACAGGAGAUAUUAAAUUAAAAGGACUCAUAAUUGUUGGUGGACCCGACGAUUCUCAUCCUUCAGAGGUCAAAUUAUUUAAGAAUAGAGAAGGAAUGACAUUCGACGAAGCUGAAAGCGAACCCGAUCAAAAGUUUGAGUUAUACGUCGAUCAGCAUGGCGUACACGAGUAUCCAAUAAAAGUAGCUAAAUUUUCUUCGAUGCACUACCUUACUCUGCAUUUUAGUACUAAUUAUGGAGCUGAAAGAACACGAAUCGACUACAUUGGUUUAAAAGGAGAGUGGACUCCUGGCCACCGACACGGUGUAACUAUUUGCACGUACGAGGCUUUACCCCAACACAGCGACCACAUUACCGGAGAAAAUCCUUUCGACGGCUUCACAAGACAAAUUUCGUAAUUACCAAC